AUGUCCUCACCUUUCUCAAUAAAUGGCGGUGCCUGCGUGGCUAUGGUUGGAAAGGACUGCGUAGCUAUCGCCUGCGACCUACGCCUCGGUCUGCAAGCCCUCACCGUGUCGAACAACUUCCCGAAAAUCUUCAACUAUGGCGAUGUCUACCUCGGCCUCACAGGCCUCGCAACCGACGUCUCAACCGUCUCCGAUCUUUUCCGCUACAAAGUUAAUAUGUACAGGCUCCGUGAGGAGCGCAACAUUAGUCCACAGACCAUGGCCAACCUGGUUAGCAGCUCGCUUUAUGAGAAGCGAUUUGGACCGUAUUUCAUUAGUCCAGUGAUCGCAGGUAUCAAUCAUACGACAGGAAAGCCGUUCAUCUGCGGAUUUGACAGCAUUGGGUGCAUAGAUUUUGCGAAGGACUUCAUCGUGAGCGGUACAGCGAGCGACCAGUUGUUUGGUACAUGCGAGGGACUUUGGGAACCCAAUUUGGGCCCAGAGGACCUCUUCGAAACAGUUUCACAAGCUCUGCUCAAUGCGGUCGACCGUGAUGCACUAUCUGGUUGGGGCGCACACGUCUACAUCAUCGAGAAGGAUAAGGUCACCAAACGCUUACUAAAGGGAAGACAGGAUUGA